AUGUAUAUCCUAGAUCAAUUGGCGCGUCUUCUGGACCGCCCGUUCUUCCCUUGGAAGAACGUCCUCGUUGGCUUCUCUCUGGGCCAGUUUGUCCUGGAGGGUCUGCUGUCGUUCCGUCAAUACAAAGUCUUGCAACGCACCAAGCCGCCUCAGGUCCUGGAGAAAGAGGUGUCUCAAGAGGUCUUCGAUCAGAGUCAGUCCUACGGUCGUGCGAAAGCCAAGUUCAGCUUCUUCUCCGGUCUUUACGGUCAAAUCCAAAACCUUGCGUUCAUCUACGGCGAUGUGCUCCCCAAGCUCUGGGGGGCGAGCGGCCUCCUCUUGUUACGGUACUUUCCUUCUCGGUUCCAGGGCGAGAUUACACAGACGCUUGUGUUUUUCUUCGGAUUCAACCUGAUCAGCACCAUUCUGUCCUUGCCCGUCUCGUACUACAAUACCUUUGUGCUCGAGGAGAAGUUUGGAUUCAACAAGCAGACGGUCAAGCUCUGGAUCACGGAUAUGCUGAAGGGUCAAAUGCUCGGAAUUGUCCUGGGAACUCCGAUCAUCAGCGCAGUGCUGAAGAUCGUCCAGAAGACCGGCAAUUCAUUCUUCUAUUACCUGUGGCUUUUCGGUGUCUUCGUCCAGGUUUUCGCUAUUACUAUCUACCCGAUCGUGAUCCUGCCUUUGUUCAACAAACUGUCUCCCCUGGAACCUGGUGAACUGAAGACUGGCGUCGAGAACCUUGCCAAGAAGUUGGAAUUCCCUCUUCAUGAGCUGUACGUCAUCGAUGGCAGCAAGCGCAGCGCUCACAGCAACGCUUAUUUCUAUGGUCUCCCCUGGAAGAAGCAUAUUGUUAUCUACGACACUCUUAUUGAGAAGAGCGAGCCCGAGGAGGUCGUCGCUGUUUUGAGCCACGAACUCGGCCACUGGAGUCUUAGCCACACUACCAAGCUCUUUGGAAUUGCUCAGUCACAUAUGUUCUAUAUUUUUGCACUCUUCUCGGUAUUCGUGAACAACAAGUCCUUGUAUCAGUCGUUCGGAUUCGUCAAGGAACAGCCCAUCAUGAUUGGAUUCCUCCUGUUCUCCGAUGCUCUGGCCCCGAUGGAUGCUGUCGUCAAACUUCUAAUGAACAUCCUCAGCCGCAAGUUUGAAUUCGAAGCCGAUGCCUUCGCUCUCAAGCUUGGAUACCAGGAGAAACUGGCAUCGUCGCUCCUCAAGCUGCAGAUCCAGAACCUGAGCACCAUGGAUGCUGACUGGAUGUAUGCCAGCUACCACUACUCCCACCCCAUCCUUUCGGAACGCCUCAAGGCGCUCGGCUGGAAGGGCGGCAAGGUCACAGACCUUAAGGCGGAGGAUAGUGAAAAGCCUGUCAAGGCCGCUGACCGCGAACUGUGA